AUGUGGCGUGAAGUAAUUAAUAAUAUAAAAGACCGCAUACCAGUAUUAACUUUUCCGUUUCAUAAGUAUUUAGGACCUGGUAAUGAGAUAAAUAGUGAAGUGCCUUUAGAUUUUGAUGAUUACAUUGCUUUACAACACGAUUUAGCUUAUUUAAAUGCUGAAUCGCAGAGAGAUAUUGAAGUAGCAGAUUUAUUAGCCAUUCGAGAUUUCUUUACUAAUUUCAUUUCUGAUGGUAAUACGCAUGCAUUAGCUGGAGUUCUUGGACUAAGUGUUAAACAUAUUAUAGAAAAAUACAUUUUAAAACAUCAAUUAUAUCCGUAUAUGGCACCCAUAACAUCGACGCCAAAAAGUUCAACCCAUAAAGGUCAUAAGAGAUACGCAAAUAUUCAACAAGAUAUUAGUGAGCAAUAUAAAAAACAUAAAGCCUCUGGGGGACAAACAGCUUGGCAUGAUUUUAUGAGACAAUAUUACGCGACCACAGACAAAGCAUCUACAACGUCAACAACUUCAAGGCCGACAACAAGUGCACCAGUAGAAGAUCCGGUUCUCGAUUCGCCUAGUACCAGUGAUCAAGGUAGCGAUAUACCAUUAAAUUUAUCACCCGUUGACAGCAUGGAUGUUGAUAAUGAUUUACUUCAUGGCCAACAAGGUGCUGGCGCACGUGCAGCUCAAGGUGCAACUACUAAAAAGGUAAAUAUUCCAAGAAGUAUUCGAUUGAACGCAGUUACAUAUAAUUAUAGAAAAAGCAGAAUUUUUUAUACAUAUGGAUAUGCAUUUAAAAAUAUAAUUACACCAAUUACCGCAAAAGGUGACCACGUUCAUUUAACUACGCCGUUGGCAGUGUUACCUAAUGAUAUGGUAGGAUUUUAUAUGAACCCUCAUGAAUUGACUACAAUUUGGAAUCAUGGACAAAUAAAAAUUAAAAAUCUGAAAGUUACGGUAACUCCAUUAGGAUUACGUACAGCGUUCGAUACCGGAACAACUUUGUCUGGAACUGCUACAAGUGAACAUUGCGCAAUUGGUUGUUAUGCAGUUGGUUUAAACCAGAAAAUAUAUGCUACAGGACAAGUGUAUGAGAGUGCAGCAGACACCCCAAUGAUUCCAAAGGCUACAAAAGCUCCAAAUAUUGAAAAUAUUUUACAAAAAUAUUAUGGUGACAUUGAUUUAACAGAAGAAGGACCAAUGUGUAUGGGCGUUCCUCGUCAUGUUGAUAUGUACGCAUGUUUACGUAUUAAUUCAAAUAACGGAGUACCAGGUUACAGUACUCAUAAUGAAGGUGUUUAUCAAUUAGACCGAUAUAUGAAUCGAUUUCAGUUUUUGUCACAUAUUGGUGAACCUAUUAUUGAAUGGAAUUAUACACCCUCUUUUGGAUUUUUAUCUUGUAAAGAUCAUGAUAUUCCAUUUGCUAUUGGUGACACUGAUACAGGAUACACUCAAAAUAUUUUAGAUAAAAUGCCAGCUCAAAUAGUUACAAGUUUAACAAAAAAUGGAGUAGUAAAAGUUAAACCCUCAAUUAAUACUCAAAAUUUUGAAAGUGGAAAUAUUAAAGAUUUAUUGGGUUUCAGUGUGGAUGGAAGUAAAGUUUUUGCUCCUCAUUAUGCAAAUCCUAAAUCACCUAAAAUGUGUGUACCGAAUAUUUAUUUCGGUAUUUUACCAACACCAGCGUUAAAUCCAUCAACGGAUAAUACUAAUUUUCAAAAUACUGCUGCUUAUUUUGCCGUUGACGCUGAAAUGGUAUUGGAAUAUGAUUGUGAUUCAGUUUUUCCACAUCAAUUACCUGCCCAUGGAGAAAGUACUGAAUUUGUUGCAUUCCCAGCUAGAGAUAAAUUACGUUACGAACAAAUUGAUCCUUUAGGUUUUGAAACAUAUGGAAAUUAAAC